AUGAUUUCGGAGAAGAGGAAACACAGCAAGGCCGACCAGGAGGGGGAAGACGCCCACACGGAUGUAGACGACCCCAGUUAUGAGAUGGACGAGUGGGGUGAAGUCAACAUGGAGGAACACCAACUAGAUAGCCACGAUGAGGAGGAGGAGCAGGAAGAAAGGAAGAGAAGAAAGCAGGAAAGGCGAAGGCUAAAGGAGGAGAAGAAAAGACUCAAGGAAGAGGCCAAGAAACAACCUAUAACAGCGAGAAAGAAAAAAAGUGUCCGCUUCGAACAUGAAGAUGUCACCAACGAACAAAUUCUCAACUUCUUCAUCCAAUCCUACAAGAACAAAAUAAGCAUAGAGCACGACGAGCUGUGCCAAGUAAUGACUGGCAAGAAAUUUUUUGACAUUGAACGAUUGGCAAAAAACGCCACGGAAAUUACCCACCAGUCACUGAUGCUGAAAAAUAUACAAAAGGAACAGAAAAAUUAUUGCACACAAUGUGGCUACAUGUACAACCAUGACGAUUACAUGUACAUGUAUAUGAAACGUUUUAAUGCUUCAAAAUUUAAGCAGACCAGUAACUGCCUCAGUGGAAAAAGCCUCCAUAGCCCAUUUAGUGGUGUCAUGGAAAAUGCCCAAUUUGAUAAUGAAAAUUCCAUCAAGUGUAUUUAUUGCGGAGCCAUAAUUGAUACCAUAGAAAUGUAUGACCACUGGGAUGGAAAAGAAAAAUACAUUGAAUUAAAUUCCUACAGAGAAAAAUAUAUAUUCGACAAAAAUAAAAAAACUUAUUGGAAAAAUAAAAUCACCUCCAUUGAGAAAAACGUUUCCCUAUUUAAGGAAGAUCAAAAUCAAGCCUAUAAUAUUACGUAUGAAAAGUGCACAGAUUGUGGUAAUGACUUUUUGCAUUUUAUUAAUAUACAAACCAGAAGUGCCGAUGAAGGAUCCACCAUCAUUUAUUUCUGUCCCAAUUGUAAGAAGCAGACAACUGUUAAUAAUUAA